AUGGGGCCGCCCUCAGCAACGGAGAUGAGUGCUGCCGACCCCGAGGCUCGACGACGUGCGCGAGGCGUCAUUGCCCAGCGAGAGUACCGCAAGCGCCACGCAACCAAGGUCCAGACGCUCCAGGAUGAGAACCAGAAGCUCAAGGACGCUAUCUUCGAGAUCCACAGGGCAUCCCUGGGGUGCGACGCCAUCACCGACCGUCUCAGCGCUGCGCUCUCCGAGGCCCGGAAGCUAGCUGACAUCAGCGAUGCGCCCGCUACCGCCGACGGCGACAUGGAAUCCGACGGUGCUGGGCCAAUUGCCUGUUCAUUGCCCGCGCAGUCUGCCCAACUCAAUCCGUUACUGCCGGCUGCCAACAUGCCGGCCAAUUUCGAGUGUUCGCCCAAUGAUGAAGCGCGAGGCGGGAAGCCGAGCCAGCGCCUUGACAACGGCCUCUGGUCCGAGACGGAGCGUUUGGUCCGCAUCCUGGAACCAUCAACGGACACCAUGCAAUAUUUCGGCGGGGACACGUACACCAUGGCGGGCUACAUAUUCUGGUCGACCUUGGACUACACCGUCGACCUCUGGAACGCUCAGUCCGCCCCGCCGGCCACCAGGCAACUGGACCGCAUCUUCAACCCCUCAAGGCCCCUGACCGACCGGAAGUACCUCGUGUCCCUGGCCCAGGCGAGGCUGGACUUCAGGCGCAAGGGGCACAUGUUCCGCACGCUGUCAGAGCAGUUUGAGCGGAUCGCCAUGGCGGACCUGUACAAGCGCGUGCUGCACGACUACGAGACCACGGGCGCGGAACCGCGGUACUGGAAGACGCCCGCGGAGGUGGCUGAUAACCUGCUGAGCCAGCUGACGCCGGAAGAGGCCGCGCGGUUCCAGGCCGUGCUCGAGGGUGGGGGCACGCGCGCCGACAAGGAGAUGUUGCGCGCCAUGUCCGGCUGGUUCGUUCAGAACUUUGUCUGCUUCGGGGACGGCCCGCGAUGGAGCAACAUCGGCGUCUCCGUCGCCCUCGGGAGCUGGAUCGGGGCGCUGCGGAUGGGCUCCCCGGGUGGACGGGAAGCGUCCCCGCUUUCGACCGAGACGCCGUCCUGA